CCAGUGAAGGAGGCAAAGUUGUUGUUGUUGAAACUUAAAUACAAAAAGAGAAAGAGAAAAGAAAGCAAAUCGCUUAUCAAAUAACCACAAUUUAACCGUUUGGACAUCUUAUCGCUUACAGUUGCCAGCCCCUGCUCAGUUCAGCAACAUUUGCCGUUUGAUUCAGUUCAUUGUGUGCCACGAGUGUUAAGGAAUCCAUUGCAAACGCAAACAUGGGGAUCGAAAAAAUUCUGCCAUGUACGCUACAAUUGCAAAAAGUUAUGAUGCGAUCUGGCAGUGAUGUCCUUUGCAUCAUUGAUCGUGCCUCUUUGCCGGAAGAACUGCGGGAAACCUUUGAGGAGCAUCGUUCGUUCGACAAGUCCUUUGAUAGCAGCGUUUCCUGCUUCAAGGCACCAUCCUUGGGAAUUCCAGUGAUUUAUUCGCCCGUUCCCAAACUGACUGACUAUGAUGAUGUGCGUAGUUAUCAGAAGGCUGCCAAGGAAUCCAUACAGAAGGCAAUUAAGGCUGGUUUCCGAACGCCUCUAUUGGUUGUGCCCAAGAGCAAACGGUUUCCCCAGGCGGAACUCUGCACCGUUUUGGGAGCCUUGGAACAGAUUUAUGUGCCAAUUCAAUUGCGUGAAGCCGAUCCUGGCCAGAAAAGCCUUUUAGCCAAUCUUAAUCUUCAAAUCGAUGGCCCCGAUGCGGAUAAUAUUCUAAAGGAUGCAAUGAUACUGGAAUCUGGACGUUUCAUUGCCCGUGACAUUGGUGUUGGCGAUCCCGAGAGGAUGACUCCCAUUGCCGUGGAGAAAUACAUUACUGCCUUGUUGCCUUCUCUAAAGGUCACUGUGAUCAGUGAUGUGCCAACUCUUCAGAAGGAAUAUCCACUUUUUGCUGCCGUAAAUCGUGCCGCUGAUGUUGUAGAACGUCAUCGUGGUCGCAUCAUCUUCUUGGAGUAUAAGCCCCCAAAACCGGCAAAGAAAACCCUGAUGCUGGUUGGCAAGGGAGUGACCUAUGACACUGGUGGCGCCGACAUCAAGGCCGGUGGUGUUAUGGCUGGUAUGUCUCGUGAUAAAUGCGGAGCAGCUGCUGUUGCUGGCUUCAUGCAGGUGGUCAACGAAAUGAAGCCAGAGGACAUUCAUGUGGUUGCCGCUCUCUGUAUGGUACGCAAUUCGGUUGGUGAGGAUUGCUAUGUGGCCGAUGAAAUCAUAACAUCCCGAGCUGGACUUCGUGUGCGCAUUGGGAAUACCGAUGCCGAGGGCCGCAUGUGCAUGGCCGAUGUUCUGUGUCGCAUGAAGGAAAUCGCUGUUAAGGAUAAUCUACCAAAUCCACAUUUGUUCACCAUUGCCACACUGACUGGUCAUGCUUGGAUCUCAGCUGGAGCUGGCCAAACCAUUGCCAUUGACAAUAGUGUGGCUGCUGCUGAAAAUCAUGCCCGUAAGCUGCAGGAAGCUGGACAAAUCUAUGGCGAACCCUAUGAAGUCUCUGUCUUGCGUCCAUCUGAUUUUGAAUUUAAUGCUGGCAAAGCUAUUGGCGAGGAUCUGGUACAGGCCAACAAUGCACCAUCGGUGCGUACGCCUCGCGGCCAUCAAGUGCCUGCGGCAUUCCUUAUCAAGGUCACCGGUCUGGAUCAACAUGGUCUCGACUCGAGUAAGCCCAUCAAGUAUACACAUCUGGAUAUUGCUGGCAGUGCCGGAGAACUACCCGAAAUGCCAACAGCUGCUCCUGUCGUAUCGUUGGUGAAAACGCAUUUGCUUAACUGAAGAAUUCUAUAUCGAUUUGUAUGACAUUCACUUUCAGUACUUAUACUUUUUACUCAAUUAUCUAUCUGUCCACUAUAUAUACAUAUAUAUAUCUGCAUCACUGAAUUAAACUAAUCAAUGCAAAUAAAAACUAUUUCGUCAUUUACUAUGAAUAUAA